UGUACACUUCACAUGUACAUACUUGUAGUGUACAUGUACAGUGUACAUGCACGACUACAAGUUACGCACAGUUAACUUCUGUUGAUGAAACUGUACGGUAACGCACGUGAGUUUUUAGUAAGGCUGUGACUGUGAAGUGAGCUAAAAAUUCACUUGUUUCUCAUGCUGAGUCCUGGCUGAAGUUGCCGAUCUUUCGGGAGCUCUGCAGCUGUACAAGUCAACAGACAAAAUCCAUUCGAUCACUUUCAUCCUGAGCCAGGAAUCCAACCCCUAAAAAUGACGACAGUCUUGAGAGUUCGACGCAAGCGGACCAACGAUCCGGCCGAAUCACUCGUGUUCUCGUGUAGCAAGAAAGCACGCACGACAGACGGGGAAUCUACGGGUGGCUCGGCGUCUGCGAGCAAGACAUCUGCCUCGGUCGGUUAUGCGACGGAUGAUGAAAAGAAAGUAUUCAAAUUCGCUGGUACAGUGGGCAAAAAGGAUGAGCCAAUUGCCCAGCAGAUUGAAGAGGCCAUUAAGAAAGCCACACAGAAACCAGCCAUCACCUCCUCCAAGCCCACAAAGUCUAUCACGAAGUCCAAGUCAUCCAAGUCCAAGUCCCGGGAGAAGUCCCGCAGCAUCCAGCAGAAGGUUUCGCAGACACGCCGAUUCCAGAUACUGUCUAGCCACCGCGGAAUUGACCUGACUGAACUGGACACCUUGUCCAAGAACCCGCCGGCCAAAAAGACUGCCCCCGUCAAACGGACGCCCUCAAAACUAAAACUUUGGAACCGCAUGAAAAAGGCGGCUCCGGCCACUGACACAUCUGUCGAGGAUGAAGCAAAGAAACUGUUCUGUUUGUAUGACGUUGCACAGGAUGAGGGAGUACCCACAACCAACGGCCAAUCGCAGGCAGCAUGUAAAUCACCUGACAAGAAGAGCCCCCCUAACCCUGAUGUCAUCCUCUGCAAUUCCGUUCAGAUGGUGCGGGAGAAACUGGUCCUUGAUGACCAGGCUAAAGAAUCUGACUAUGUCUACGACCUGUACUACAUUGAAGAUGGGCAGCUGGAUAUGAACGGGGCACUGGCGAUGGGUGGAGCUGAUCAGGAACUCUUCCUUGAGUACCUGGUGUCUCAGGAGGAGGAGGAAUUUGAAGAGACAUAUGACGAUGACAGUGACAGCAAUGAUGAGAACAACUGGAGGAAUGAAUAUCCAGAGGAUGAACCUGAUAAAAGGCACCUUGACCUGUUUGAUGAGCUGAUAGAUGAUUAUUGUUACGGCGACCAGUCUAGCGAUGAAGACUUCGGCCAGUACUCAGAUAUCAAGAAGAAAACGGGCAAGAGGGCACUGAAUUACAAUGCCUACGAGAGUGAUGAUGACCUAGGCUGUUACUCUUGAACAGGGUACCAAGCAGUCUGGCAGGAUUUGUGGGAAAAGGACGGCACUUAAAUGGUUGCCAAGGAGUUUGCUUCAAAGCUCAGAUCUGGUAACCAUGGCAGCGAGUAGCCAAAAGAUUAUCAUUUCAGAAUUGUUAUAUUCUCCCACACAUUUUCAGGUAGUGAUUUUUCUUUUUAUAAUUGGAAAAGCAAUCACAUUGUUACAAACAAAUUUCCAGUUCCCAUUCUCAAGGAUGUACAUGUACGAAAAGUGUUUUAAAACAAGUACCGGUACAUGGA